CGGCGCGCGCGCGGGAUGUGAGGCGGGGCGGGCCGCAGCGCUCGCACCUCGGGGCGGCCGCCAGUCGCGGGGCCGGCGGGGCGCGCGCCACCAUGAAGAAGUUCUCGCGGAUGCCCCGCUCCGAGGGCGGCGGCGGCGGCGGCGGCGGUGGCGGCGGCGGCGGCACGGCGGGCGGCGGCGGCGGCGGCGGCGCGGCGGGCGGCGGCGGGGUCGGCGUGGGCUCCGGCGGCUCGUCCGUGGGGGUCCGGGUGUUCGCCGUGGGCCGCCACCAGGUCACGCUGGAGGAGUCGCUGGCCGAAGGUGGAUUCUCCACAGUUUUCCUGGUGCGGACUCAUGGUGGAAUGCGUCAUGCAUUGAAGCGGAUGUAUGUCAAUAAUGUGACAGACCUCAAUAUUUGUAAAAGAGAAAUUACAAUUAUGAAAGAACUGUCUGGUCACAAAAAUAUUGUGGGUUAUUUGGACUGUGCUAUUAAUUCAAUUGGUGAUAAUGUUUGGGAAGUGCUUAUCUUAAUGGAAUAUUGUCGAGCUGGGCAGGUUGUGAAUCAGAUGAACAAGAAGCUGCAGACAGGUUUUACCGAAGCAGAAGUGUUACAGAUAUUCUGUGAUACCUGUGAAGCUGUCGCAAGAUUGCAUCAGUGUAAGACCCCAAUAAUACACCGAGACCUGAAGGUAGAAAAUAUUUUGUUGAAUGAUGGCGGAAACUAUGUACUUUGUGACUUUGGCAGUGCCACUAAUAAAUUUCUUAACCCUCAAAAAGAUGGAGUAAAUAUAGUAGAAGAAGAAAUUAAGAAAUAUACAACUCUGUCAUACAGAGCUCCUGAAAUGAUCAACCUUUAUGGAGGGAAAUGCAUCACCACUAAGGCAGAUAUCUGGGCACUGGGAUGCUUGCUAUACAAACUUUGUUUCUUCACUCUUCCUUUCGGUGAGAGUCAGGUUGCUAUAUGUGACGGCAGCUUUACCAUCCCAAACAAUUCUCGUUACUCCCAUAACAUGCACUGUUUAAUAAGGUUUAUGCUAGAGCCAGAUCCAGAGCAAAGACCUGAUAUAUUUCAAGUGUCCUAUUUUGCAUUUAAGUUUGCCAAAAAGGAUUGUCCAAUAUCCAACAUAAAUAAUUCUUCUAUACCUUCAACUCUUCCUGAACCCAUGACUGCCAGUGAAGCAGCUGCUAGGAAAAACCAAAUAAAAACCAGAAUAACAGAUACCAUUGGACCAACAGAGACCUCAAUUGCACCAAGACAAAGACCAAAGGCCAACUCUAAUCCUUCUGCCCCCAGCGUGCUGACCAUCCAGAAUUCAGCAACGCCUGUUAAAGUCCCUGUUCCUGGUGAAUUUGAUAACCACAGACCAAAAGGACCUCUGCGACCUGGAAAUGGCCCUGAGUUUCUGUUGGGUCAGGGGCAGCCUCAGCAGCCUCCACAGCAACACAGAGUACUUCAGCAGCUACAGCAGGGAGACUGGAGAUUACAGCAGCUACAUUUACAGCCUCCUCAUCCACACCAGCAGCACCCGCUACUUCAGGAUGCGUAUAUACAGCAGUACCAACAUGUAAUUCAGCAGCAACAGAUACUACAACAACAGUUUUUAAUACAUUCAAGGUAUCAGUCACAGCCUUCUCCAGCACAGUAUCCUACAAUGAUGCAGCAGUAUCAGCAGGCUUUCCUGCAGCAGCAGUUGCUAGCUCACCAGCAGCAGUCGCAGCAGCAGCAGCAGCAGCAGCAGCAGCAGCAGCAACAGCAGCAGCAGCAGCAGCAGCAGCAGACGUCACCUGAAUAUCUUACCUCCCCUCAGGAGUUCUCGCCAGCUUUAGUUUCAUACUCUUCAUCACAUCCAGCUCAGGGAACCAUACUGGACUCCUCUUAUAGUGCCAACAGAUCAAUUCCUGAUAAAGAGACAGUUGCAAAUAUAACAAAUCAGAAGAAUAUCAGUAAUCCACCUGAUAUGUCAAGGUGGAAUCCUUUUGGCGAGGAUAAUUUCUCCAAGUUAACAGAAGAGGAACUAUUGGACAGAGAAUUUGACCGUCUAAGAUCAAACAGACUGGAGGAGAGAGCAUCCUCAGAUAAGAAUGUAGACCCACUUUCUGCUCUACAUAACCAUCCUCCAGAAGAUCCUUUUGGUUCUGUUCCUUUCAUUUCUCACUCAGGUUCUCCCGAAAAGAGCGUUGAGUCCGUGAAUCCAGAUACCACUGCAAACCCUAUCAAGAACAGAAAAGCAAGUCCAGUCCCUAAAGAUCCCCGGGCGGGAAAGAAAGCGGCAGAAAACUCAUCGGUCCAGGGCCAGGUGCCCAAGAGGAGCGAGGAAUCCGAGAGCGACUUCGAGUCCGAUCCCCCUUCUCCCAAGAGCAGUGAAGAGGAGGAGCAAGAGGAUGAGGAAGUUCUCCAGGGGGAACACGGAGACUUCAACGAUGACGACACGGAGCCCGAGAACCUGGGCCAUCGGCCCCUCCUCAUGGAUUCCGAGGACGAGGAGGAGGAGGAGAAGCAGAGCUCGGACUCGGAUUACGAACAGGCCAAAGCCAAGUACGGGGAGCGGGGUCCCGCAUACGGCGGCGGGCCGACCCCGGCCCUACUCGCCCCGACCCACGCGUCCCCCGAGCCCCCGCGGCAGGAGUGCGACGUCUUCGGCGCCGUCCCCUUCCUCGCGGUGCAGGGCCCGCAGUCCCCGCCGGGAGAGCCCGACCGGACCCCGGGCCGCCAGCCCCGGCCGGAGCAGGAGGAGUUCGAUGUCUUCAGCCAGGCGCCCUUCAGCAAGAAGGUGACCGUGGCCGCCGGCCCCCCGGGCGUGGACGUCUUCGGCUGCACCCCGUUCCAGCCCGUGCCCGCGCCCGCGGGGGCCCGCGAGGACCUGUUCGGGCUGGUGCCCUUCGAGGAGAUCGCGGGCGGCGCCCCGCAGCAGCAGCAGCAGCAGCACCGGGCCCGGCAGCGCGGCCUGCAGAAGCUGUCCUCCCGCCAGCGGCGCGCCAAGCCCGACGCGGCCAAGGGCAACGGGAAGCGCCACCACGGCACCCCGACGGGCGCCAAGAAGGCGGCCAAGCCCACCUACCGCACCCCCGAGCGCGCCCGCCGGCACAAGAAGGUGGGCCGCCGGGACUCGCAGAGCAGCAACGAGUUCCUGACCAUCUCCGACUCCAAGGAGAACAUCAGCGUGGCGCUGCCCGACGGCAAGGAGCGGGCCGGGGGCCUGCCGCCGCCCGAGGAGGGCCUGCUGGACGCCUUCGGGGCCAAGCCCUUCCCCGCCCCGGACCUGCCCUGGCACCCGCCGCACGCGAGCCUCGGCGACCUCCGCGCCGAGCACGCGCCGGGCCUGCCCGGGCGGCCGCGGCCCCACGCGCUGCUCGGGCCCUUCCACGGCCCGGCCGACGCGCUGAAGACGGACGAUUUCGGGGCGGUGCCCUUCACGGAACUCGUGGUGCAGAGCAUCGCUUCCCACCAGUCGCCGCCGUCCCAGGCCGUGGAAUUGGACCCCUUUGGUGCUGCUCCAUUUCCUUCCAAACAGUAGCUUCUCCCGAGGGACCUCUUGGCAUUUUGAACCUCCUGUUCCCAAAAAACAAAAAAAAAAAAACAUAUGGUCAGUUUUUUUGCAAUCUGAAGGCGUUCAUAGCAGGUCGGUCAGAAUAGGUGAUUUCCACAAUAAACCAAAUAGAAAUACCUUCACAGUGGAGUAGUGACUCGAUGCCUCCGCCAAGCAGGAGAGAACAGGGAGCCGAACCCCGCCAGCCGCGAGUUUCAGCUACUGAAACAGACAACCCAGGGAAAAGGGGGCACUUUUCCAGCUGUGCCACUAUUCGAGGGAAUUAGGUAGAAUAAGAGUGUCACUUGCAUGUGUGUGAUUCCAGGUCCAUUCCAGAACCCAGCAAUUGAAAAUUAAGCCUACUUUGUACAUACACAGGUUACAUUUGUGAAUAUUUUAAACUUCUCCUAAUUUCACACAGUGAAAGAAAAAAUAAAAUCUAGUACUCAUAAAGAAUUACGCUAUUAUCUGGACAGUGCAGAGAUUUUAGUCCUUUAAUCUCUACAAAGCACAGCCAGAAGUAACUGACUAUUGUGCCUAAAACUCUUGCUUCAUUUGAAAACAAGUGCCAUUAAAUAGCGAAGACCUACUGUAGAAGUCUA